AUGGGAUACUGCUCCGAGUUGAGAGGUGUUGUAGAAGGGCUUCAGUUGGCAUGGAACCUCGGUUACCGUUGGAUCCGCAUCGAGCUGGAUUCGCGAUGUGCCACCCAGUUACUCGAGCAACAUAAUGGCGACACUCACCAUCACACUGCCAUUGUGGAUCGGUUUCAAGAGCUUAGGAGUCGAGGUUGGGAGGUCAAUAUCUCCAAUAUUAUCGCGAGGCCAACAAAUGUGCAGACUGCCUAG